GAUGAUCUGCUCACGUGGAUCAGUGGUGAGUUUUUGGUCUGCAGGGGUGGUGGGUUGGGUGUCCGAAGUAGUGGGUGUGGGAAAGCUGGCAUUGCCCCCGUGGGGAUUUUCUUGCCUUCUCCAGACAUGACCUCCAGCGCAGACAUCCCGGUUGACAGCGCGGAGAUCGAUGAUAUCCUGACGUGGAUCAGCAACGGUGAGUUCAGGGGCUGCAGAGCAGGCGGGGAUGUCUGCUCCGAGUGGCUGUGGGAAAGCUGGCAUUGCCCCCUUGGGGAUUUCUUCCUUUUCCCAGAAGGGACACCCAGCUCAGGCAUUCCAGAUGACAGCAUGGAACUCGACGGUUUGCUCAGCUGGAUCGUUGAAGCGUCGAGUCCUCGGGAGGUCCCCCAGCAGGCGUUCCCAGCCGUCCCCAGCAGGCUCAGCACCUCUCCUUUCACCAGAGCCCUCCGUGACCGUCCCAGCGGCAGCAGGGAGCUCAGCGGAGAGGCGCAGGCUGACGCCGGGCCCCUCAGCGAGCCGUUCUCGGGGCAGCCAGCAUCCUCUGGGCAGCUCUCUGAGCCGCUGCCCUGCGGGCAUCUGAUGGAAGAGGCGCGGCAGAGGCAGCCCCGGGUGGUUCUCACCCGCCUGGCACUGCCACCUGGCUGCAUCUCCUGCCACGUGCCCGACAACCACCGCGGGGACGGCAGCGAGCCGGCCGAGUGCCCAACGCCCGCCUGCACCACCAGGAAAGGCAAGAGCAGAGGGCACGAGCAGCGCACUGGCCGCAUCCCAAGCAGAAAGAGGAAGGUGCCGCUGGGCCAGGACGCUCCAGGACAGAAACGCCGGCGCUAGGCGAAGCUGGGUGGGCUCAGCCCGAGCAGGAGCGUCCGCAGAAACCGGCCCACGUGGUGCAGCAGGAGACACGGCCAUAGCCAACAAAGACGGCUCCCUGCAGCCCUGGGCUCCUCGCCGGCCCCCGCGGCGCACAGAGAGCAGCGGCAGUGCUCCAGGGGCACCAGCACCGGCCCCAGCCCUACCCCUCCAAACCUGGGCUGUCCACCAACACCACCUUC